AUGGAGAACUCUUCUUAUCCUGUGAUGUUCACUCUUAUGGUGCCCAAAGAAUCAAAAUCAUUUCGACAUGCGUAUUUCACUUGUUUUCUUUUCCUCUAUUUGCUAAUAUUGUCAAUUAAUUUCCGACUUGUUUCAGUUAUUAUCAUGGUGAAAUCUCUUCAUGAACCAAUGUUUAUAUUCUUGGUUCAUCUGUGUAUGAACGGAGUAUAUGGAGCCUCAGGAUUCUACCCUAAAAUUUUAUCUGAUCUAAUCUUGGAUUCAUAUGUGAUCUCCUCUUACAUGUGUGCUCUGCAAACCUUUGUUAUCUACAGCUCUUUACUUUGUGAGUUUACAAUAUUAACAGUCAUGUCAUAUGACAGAUAUGUAGCCAUAUGCAGACCUUUGGAUUAUCAUUCCAAAUUAACUAAAAGCACUUGUUGCAAAUUAAUUUUUGUUUCUUGGAUCGUACCCAACUGCUGUGUGAUUCCAGCAGUCCUGUUAUCAAAUCUGAGGACAUUUUGUAAAAACCACAUAGACAAAUUAUAUUGUGACAACUGGUCAAUUGUAAAACUGUCUUGUGCAUCAUCUUUUGUUAAUAAUUUUUACGGCUAUGUUGUUGCUGUCAUAUUUGUAUGCUGUGCAGUUAUUAUUAUACUGUCCUAUGUUAAACUCAUCGCUGCAUGUAAAGCAUCUCUAGAAAAUAGAAGAAAAUUUUGGCAAACAUGUUUGCCACAUGUACUAUCACUGAUAAAUUUCACCUUUGCUUUGCUUUUUGAUGUCAUUUAUAGCAGAUAUGGUGCUAAUGACAUUCCAGAGAGUCUGCGACAUUUUUUGGCUUUAGAACUGGUUAUAGUUCCACCUAUUUGUAAUCCUGUAAUCUAUGGAUUAAAUAUUAAGACAGUGCGCAAAAGAGCUUUUCCCUCAUGUACUGCAGCAAAUGUACAUAUUUAA